CAUGCCCCGCUCGCCGUGCCCGCGGACGCGGCUGCUGCCGCUGCUGGUGUUGGUGUGCAGCGUCCUGCACGCCGUUGGAGCCCUGCCCCGACUGUGUGAUGUGCUGCAGGUGCUGUGGGAGGAACGGGCCCUGUGCCUGCAGGCGAUCUCCAGAGAGAAGAAAGCCGACUUGGGCCCGGAGGUGCCAGCAUCGGGCUGUGAGGGACUGUGGGACAACAUGAGCUGCUGGCCUGCCGCCGCGCCAGGACAGACGGUGGAAGUCCAGUGCCCGAGGUCUCUCCAGAUGGUCACAAGCAGAAAUGGGUCUUUGUUCCGAAACUGCACACAGGACGGCUGGUCGGAAACCUUCCCCAGGCCGGACCUGGCCUGUGGCGUGAACGUGAACCACUCUUCCGACGAGAAGCGGCACGCAUACCUGCUGAGGCUGAAGGUCAUGUACACCGUGGGCUACAGCUCCUCGCUGGUGAUGCUUCUGGUCGCUCUCAGCCUCCUGUGUGCUUUCCGCAGGAGGUUGCACUGCACCCGCAACUACAUCCACAUGCACCUCUUCGUGUCUUUCAUCCUGCGUGCACUGUCCAACUUCAUCAAGGAUGCUGUGCUCUUCUCCUCGGAUGAUGUCACCUACUGCGAUGCUCACAAGGUGGGCUGCAAGGUGGUCAUGAUCUUCUUCCAGUAUUGCAUCCUGGCCAACUAUGCGUGGCUGCUGGUGGAAGGCCUCUACCUUCACACAGUCCUGGUCAUCUCCUUCUUCUCCGAAAGGAAGUGCCUGCAGGGCUUCGUGGUCCUCGGAUGGGGUUCACCAGCCAUUUUUGUUGCUUCGUGGGCUCUCUGCAGGCACCUUCUGGAGGAUGUUGGGUGCUGGGACAUCAACGCCAAUGCUUCCAUCUGGUGGGUCAUUCGAGGGCCUGUGAUCCUCUCCAUCCUGAUCAAUUUCAUCUUCUUCAUAAACAUUCUAAGAAUCCUGAUGAGAAAACUCAGAACCCAAGAAGCCAGAGGAAAUGAAAUGAAACAUUACAAGCGCCUGGCCAAGUCCACCCUUCUGCUGAUUCCCCUGUUCGGCAUUCAUUACAUCAUCUUUGCCUUCUCCCCGGAGGAUGCCAUGGAGGUCCAGCUGUUCUUUGAAUUGGCCCUGGGCUCCUUCCAGGGGCUGGCGGUGGCCGUCCUGUACUGCUUCCUCAACAGUGAGGUGCAGUUGGAAGUUCAGAAAAAAUGGCGACAGUGGCAUCUCCGAGACUUCCCACUGCGCCCAGUGGCCCUCAGGAACUCUUUCAGCAAUGUUACUGGCGGCCCUUCGCACAGCAUCAAGGCCAGCCCCUCAGAGCAGAGCCGGGGUACCUGCAGGGCCAGCAGCAUUUGAGGCUGGAACGGGGCCACGGUGGACAGAAGCCAAGCCAAGUGCCGAGGGCAGGACAUUCGACAGGAGCAUUGGUCACCCGGCAGCUGUCCUCGGCUCUGCUGGAUGAACAUGGCCCUACCCCAGGACUGAGGUUCCUCAGAACUAAACAGGGGGUACUUGAGACACCCUGGGACAGGACACAGACCUGGGGUGUGGUUUAUCUUGCUCUUCUGAGAAGGGCAGAUCAGGGGCCCUGAAAUGGGCAGGGGAAUAAAUGGCACCUGGCAACAAA